AUGCAACGAAUCGGACCGAUUUUUCUGCUAGCAUUUUUGACUAUUGCCUGUACUUCUAAUUAUCCAAACGUUGAGUGUCUUUUCAAGAAAUAUGUAAACGAUGGGACAUGUUUGAUGACGCUUAAUGUUGAAGAGAUGUGCAGAGAAGCCGAAGAAAAAUCAAAAUUGUCUUUCGAAGAUGCUCGAAUUGCUGGCGAGCGAGUCUGGGAUAUGCUCUGUGAAGAUCAGGACAGGACAUCGGUGCACAAGGCACUCGAAUGUACUCAAGAUGAGAGCAACGAGGAGGCCGUUGUGCAAAAGUGUGGUGAUGUUGAUCUCGAGAGUACGGAUUGCAGUGCCUUUGCUGAAACAUUCGGUUGUGAGGUGAGAGAAUGGAGUAUGUUGUGUGGAAAUGCUCGAGUGGCAACUUUUUUGACUGAGGCCUACAUUAACAACGACGAUCACAAAAAGAUUUUCCGAUGUCGACACGAGAUCGCCCAGGCAGCCGGUUUCAAAAUUUGG